AUCAUGGGAGGAGCUGUAAACAGCUCUGGGGAGGUGUUAUCGGUGCCCUACACCUGGGGCCGGCUGCCCCUGUCACCAGCCCCAUCCCCGGUGUGGGGGGAUGUGUGCGUGUCUGUGUGUCCGGCCGUGUGUCCGUCCCUCCACAGCCCUGAGGCAACAGUUGCUCUGCCGCCCCUCCAUGUGCUCUGGGAUACUCCCUCCCGCCUGGGUCAAGGCCGGGCCCGGGGCCUCACGUCAGCGGCCCGGGGCUGUCGCAAGAGCCUCGGUGGGGGCAGCCGGGAGCGCGUGUGGGAGGGGGACGGACGGUCCCAUGGGGUGACACUCGAUCUUCGUCAACCGGAGCCUGGCGCUGGAGAAGAUCAAGUGCUUUGGCUUUGACAUGGACUACACCUUGGCCAUGUACAAGUCCCCUGACUAUGAGGAGCUGGCCUUCACCCUGUUGCUGGAGCACCUUGUUGCCAUUGGGUACCCUCCUGAGAUACUUGCCUACAAAUAUGAUCCCACCUUCCCCACCCGGGGGCUGGUGUUUGAUGCCCUGUAUGGGAACCUGCUGAAGGUGGAUUCCCAUGGGAACCUGCUGGUCUGUGCCCAUGGCUUCCGCUUCCUCAAGGGAGCCGAAAUCCUCCACUAUUACCCCAACAAGUUCAUCCAGCGGGAUGACAUGAAGCGCUUCCACAUCCUCAACACCCUCUUCAACCUCACAGAGGCUCACCUCUAUGCCUGUCUCGUGGACUUUUUCACCAACUGCUCCAGAUAUGUCAACUGUGACACCGGCUACAAGCAUGGGAACCUCUUCAUGUCCUUCCGCAGCAUGUUCCAGGAUGUGCGUGAAGCCAUGGACCACGUCCACCUCUCUGGCUGCCUUAAGGAGAAGACGCUAGAGAACCUGGAGAAAUAUGUGGUGAAGGAUCCCCGUGUACCACUGCUGCUGAGCCGCAUGAAGGAGGUGGGGAAGGUCUUCCUGGCCACCAACAGUGACUACACCUACACUGAUGCCAUCAUGUCCUACCUGUUUGACUUCAGCAACGAGGACAAGGCUGACAUCCCACAGCGCCCCUGGAGAUCCUAUUUCGACCUGAUUGUGGUGGACACCCGCAAGCCCCUCUUCUUUGCUGAGGGGACUGUCCUGCGCCAAGUCGACACGGACACGGGAAAGCUACGCAUUGGGACAUACACUGGCCCCCUCCAGCACUGUGCUGUCUAUUCUGGUGGCUCCUCAGAUGUGGUGUGUGACCUCCUGGGUGUGAAGGGCAAAGACAUCCUCUAUAUGGGGGACCACAUCUUUGGGGACAUCCUCAAGUCUAAGAAGCGGCAGGGCUGGCGCACCUUUCUGGUGGUUCCUGAGCUGGCCCGUGAGCUGCAGGUCUGGACGGAGAAGAGUGAGCUGUUUGAGGAGCUGCGGAGCCUGGAUGUCUUCCUGGCUGAGCUAUACCAGCACUUGGACAGUGGCAGUAAUGAGCGCCCAGACAUCAGCUCCAUCAAGCGUCGGAUCCAGAAAGUCACACAUGAGAUGGACAUGUGCUAUGGGAAGAUGGGCAGCCUCUUCCGCUGCGGCUCACGUCAGACACUCUUUGCCAACCAGCUGAUGCGCUACGCAGACCUCUACGCUGCCUCCUUCAUCAACUUCCUCUAUUAUCCCUUCAGCUACCUCUUCCGGGCACCCCCUGUCCUGAUGGCCCAUGAGUCAACAGUGGAGCACGCUCGCCUGGACUCAGGGGAUGCGGUCACUGCCCUUCCUCUCUGGCUGGCCCAGCAUGGUGAUCCUGGCCAGCAGGAGAAGCAGGACCUGUUUGGGUGCCGAGCCAAUUUACCCGUGCAUGUCCACAGUCAGAGAUACCAGCUAACAGUGAUAACCACAGUGACAGCAGUGAUUUACCUGGAGCACCUUGUGAAGACCCUGAGACUGCUGAAAAUUGACUUUUGAAUUAGAAAAAAUAGUUAUACAGUUACAGUUAUAACUGUAACUGUAGGAUUAAGUUUAGCAAUAAGUCAUUUUUAGUAUUUAAGACUAAGGAAUAAGCAGGUGCUGUUUGUUUUGCUUUUCAACGAGAGACAACCAAAACAAUGAAUAGAAUGUUAGGUGUUAGAAUGUUUGUUUUAGUUAGUCUCCCUUUAGUCAACUUCAGCUGCUUAAAAAGAAUAAGAAAGUACAUCUAUCUCAGAAACACACCUGAGCUCUAGACUGGGAAAGGAAAACACUCUCAAGCAUAAGCCUUGAGGCUAAAGGAGAGCGGCCACAUACUCUCCUUCUACUUACUGAAUCAACGGGAGAGGAACCCAGGGCGGCAAUCAUCAUCAUCCCCAACCCCUUAUUUUUUAGGGCAUCAACCUCCCAAUAAGCUUUUGCUGAUAAAAGACUUUGGACUCUGUUUUCAGUAGGAUGGUGCUGGCUCACCCAGUCAAAUCCUUUAAAUGCUGCUGUUUCCUGGAGGCAGGACUCAGACGGCCAGAGCUGCUACUUACUUACGAUCUGCAGCUGAUGGGAUCCUUGGAAUGCGCCUAGCCUGCAUGCCGCUUGUCUUUGGCAACUCUGGUUUAAGCUGAUUUCUCCUACUCAAAUCAUCCUUAAGUACGUGAGUUUUG